UUUCCCGGGACGUUCGGGGACGUCUACACACCAUUACUCACGUCCGUCGCACAUCGCCACUGCCGUAAAUCGCCAUCGCCCUCUGUCUUUCACUCACACAGAUCCUCAGACCACACUCAACCGACGACCCUCUCUCUCUCUCUCUGUUCAGUCUCUUCUUUGUAUCUCUGUCUUCUUGUCUCCCUCUGUGAUUUGGGUUCAGGUGAGUGUUUGUCGCCUCUAAAUCCGCAGAGGCAGCUCUCCGGCCUCUAAAUCUCGCAAGGGAUUUCCGUCUCCCAUCUCUCUAACAAAGAAAAACGAGUCGGUUGUUCAGACCUCCUUCGAUCCCGGCUAGGUUGAACGAGAUCAUAACUUCGGGGGCAAAGGACAUUCAUAGCAACAAAUCGGCUGAUGCACCUUGGACAGUCGAUGGAGCUGGAAUUCCUUCUAAUGCUUCUGAGCUUCUACCCAAAUUGAUUCACAAUGGGCACAACUAAUGGAUUAGGAUUUACACUAGCUCCUACCAGCCUACCAUGACAGUUGACUAUGAGAGUGAUUAUGGUUCUUUAUGAUGUUGACAAAGUUUCCAAGAACAUUCAGCACUUGAUAAAAUGGAUCAUGGACUGUUACACAGAUUUAUGUAAACUCAUACUCUGCUGUGAAAAUGAUGUGGACAUUCUUGAACAAGUUAAAAAUUGCUGCAAAGUUAUUGAGGUUGAUGCUCCUGUGACUCAUGAAAUCAUGGAGGUUCUUAUUCAAAUAGCAAGGAAGGGAGACUUUGAUCUACCGAUGAGUUUUGCUGCUAAGAUUGCUACAGAGCCGAAGCAAAACCUUAGGAAAGCAAUCUUGGCUCUUGAAGCAUGCAAAGCACACAAGUAGGAUCUUGAACAAUAGAUCUGCUGCCUUUGUAUAUUUUACACAUAUUUUUCCACUCACUAGUUUAAUAUGCCCAUACAGCUAUCCUUUUGUUGACGACCAACCAAUUCCACUGGGUUGGGAAGAGGUCCUAGAUGAACUUGCUGCCGAAAUUCUUUCUGAUCCAUCACA